AUGGAGAGAGAGAGAGGAGGGGGCGGUGGGUGUUGUGCGGUGGCUGACGCCGGCCCUGGCUGCCCUGCUGUUGCAGCGUCCUUCUACGGGGCGAGCUACAUCGCGGUGCCGCUCCAGGACGCUCGCAGCACCACCGAGCUGGAGAUGCGCUUCCGCACGCAGCGCGCCGACGCCAUGCUCUUCCUGGCCGCCGGCCGCAUCGACUACUGCCUCGUCAUCCUCGAGACCGGCAGACUCAAGGUGCGCAUCAACGUGGGCGACGGCGAGCGCGAGAUCUCGUCGCCCAAGGGGCUGCGCCUGGACGACCUGCAGUGGCACGACGUGCUCAUCUCGCGCCGCGACGCCGCCUUCAGCCUCACCAUCGACACCAUUCACGUCGUCACGGAGAAGCUGCCGGGGCGCUUCUUCGAGCUGAACGUGCACUUCGGGCUGUUCGUGGGCAGCCAGGGCGACUUCUCGGAGCUGUUCCUGGGCCACCUGGAGAACCUGCGCGGCUGCCUGGCCGACGUGCGCUACAACGGCGUCGACGUGCUGCGGCGCGCGCGCGAGAGGCACGGCCACGUCGACGUGCACGGCGUCACCUGGACCUGCGCGCCCGAGUUCGACGCCGCCAGCGACCGCGACAUCAGCUUCGUCGAGAACGACGCCUUUCUAGCGCUGCCCAACCUCAUCUCGCGCACCGGCGUCAGGUGGCGCAUGGACGUGAAGACGGCGUCGCCGCUGGGGCUGCUGGUCUACAACGCGGGGCUGACGACGCAGUCGGACUUCGUGGCCCUGGAGCUGGUGGACGGCCGGCCGCGACUGCUGCUCAACAAGGGCAACGGACCCACAGAGCUGCAGAGCGACGUCGCCGUGGCGGACGGCGCCUGGCACACGCUAGCCGUCCACUUCAACCCCACCUUCAUGGAGGUCUCCGUGGAUGGCGCAGUCUCCAGUCUGCGCCUCCCACCGGGCGGUAGCCGCUUCUUCGACCUCGCUGACACCGUGUUCGUGGGCGGCACGGAGGUGAACAAGCGGGCGCGCGCGCGGACGCAGGGCGUGCGCUCCGCGACGUCGUCCUUCCGCGGCUGCGUGCGCAACAUGUGGGCCGAGCAGCGGCGCGUCGGUUUCCCCGAGGCGCGCGUCACGCACGGCGUGCUGCCCGACUGCGUGUGGACGUUCGCGUGCGCCGCGCGCCAGCCGUGCGUGCCCUCGGCGCGCUGCCACCAGCACGGCGUCGACUCGUUCCGCUGCUCCGACUGCGGCCAGCCCAUGUGCGUCAAGCCCGACUACGCGGAGAGCUACAAGGUGUUCUCCAAGCCGACGCUGCCGGUCGACCUGGAGAUCCUGGUGCUGACGCCGCUGCAGGUGGCCGAGGGCGGCUCGGCGCCGGUGACGACGCGCAACGUGGACGUGGUGCUGGACUUUCCCAAGUACGGCGUGCGCGACACGGGCGUGCUCUUCUUCGUGGUGGAGCCGCCCAGGCACGGCCGCCUGGAAGUGGACCGCCAGCCGCACGGCCAGGGCCAGCAGUCGCAGUCGCCGGCGCAGGCGCCGCUCGCCUUCACGCUGCUCGACAUGACCAAGGACAAGGUGCGGUACACGCACGACGGCUCGGAGCAGCACCAGGACGCGGUCUCGCUGGAGGUGGAGCUGUCGCCCGACGCUGAGUUCACGCUGCCCGGCUACCUGCAGGGGCGCCACCGCUUCGCGCUGCACGUCAACGUUACGCCCGUCAACGACCCGCCGCUGCUCUUCCUGCCGCCCGGCAAGACGCUGCGCCUGGCCCAGGGGACGCGCAAGGUGCUGACGCGGUCGCUGCUGCGCGCCGAGGACCCUGACAGCCCGCCCGAGGAGCUGGUGUUCACCGUGCUGAGCCGCGACGCGGCCGGCGGCCACGUGGAGCGCGCGCUGCAGCCGGGCCGGCCGCUCGACUCGUUCACGCAGCGCGACCUGGACGCCGGGCUCGUCGCCUACGCCCACCCGCCGGCGUCGGCGUCGCCCGGCGCCCCUGCCGGCGCGCAGUCGCGGCUCGCGCUGCAGGUGUCCGACGGCAUCGAGACCAGCGCCGCCGCCGUGCUGCGCAUCGCCGCCUACCCGCUGCAGCUCACGCUCAUCAACAACACCGGGCUCGUCAUCACGCACAGGACGUGGGCGCGGCUGCAGCCGGGGAACCUGUCCUUCGCGGUGAACGCGGACGACCCCAGCCUGGACGUGCGCUACGAAGUGGUGCGGCCGCCGCAGUUCGGCCACGUGCAGCGGCAGCGCGGCGCGGGCGCCGACGGGCCCUCCUCCACCCCGACGCAGUGGGUCAACGUGGACCACUUCACCAACCACCAGCUGGCGCGCGGCAUCGUCCGCUACGUGCACACCGAGGGCGCGCCCGCCCACGACGACUUCAAGUUCAAGGUGUCGGUGCUGGACGUGGAGAGCCCCAAGACGUACGACUUCCGCGUGACGUUCACGGAGCUGCAGUUGGUGGCGGAGCGCGCGCACGAGCUGCUGCUCAACGGCAGCCGCGACGCGCUGCUGACGGACGCGCAGCUCAGCUUCCGCACGGCGCCGCUGCCCACCGACGCGGCGCUGGUGCAGUACCGGCUGACGGCAGCGCCGCGCUACGGCGCGCUGCACCUGCAGGGCUCGCCGCCGCACCAGCACCUGCAGCUCGCCGACACCUUCACCCAGCUGGACCUGCGCGCCGGCCGCCUGCGCUACCGCCUGCACCGCAAGGCCUACUCGCACGUGCGCGACGAGAUCAGGUUCCGCGUGACUGCGCCGGGCUGCGAGCCGCUGAUGGGCUCCCUCUCACUGGUGCACGUGCCGUCCGUCAAGACGCGAGCGGAGGUUCGCGCCACGCUGGAGCGCCUCCAGGUGACGGAGGGCGGGCGCGAGCCUGUGCUGCGCACACACCUGGACCUGGAGACGGCGGGCAUCACGCAGCUGCUGUACAACGUGACGCACGGCCCGCGGCACGGCCGUCUGGACGUGAUGGAUGUCGGCAUGGUGCAGACGCUGCGCGAGGCCACCAACUGGUUCUCGUCGCGCGAGCUGCUCACAGAGCGCGUCUUCUACGUGCACGACGACUCGGAGACGCGCCGCGACUCCUUCCACUUCGUCGCGCUCUCCAGCGAGGAGGAGGACUUCCAGUACGUCGGCGUCUUCCACGUGGACGUCCUGCUGCGAAACGACAACACGCCAGUCAGGGCGGUGGAUAAGGUGUUCCGCGUGGUGACGGGCGGGGAGCGGCUGCUGACAGGUGACGAUCUGCGCUACUCGGAUGCCGACAUCGACACCAAGCCGUCCGACAUCCUGUACACGCGCCGCGGCAUCCCCAACGGCGGCAUCUUCCAGGCGGCCAGUCCUAACGAGGCGCUGUUCGAGUUCACGCAGGAGGACCUCGACAAGCGGCGCGUCCUCUUCCGGCACGAGGGCGACGAGUACGGCAAGGUGGGCCUCUGGAUCACCGACGGCCAGUUCUACGCCAACGGCAUCCUCGAGGUGCGCGCCUCGCCGCCCUUCGUCGAGAUCGUCAACAACACCGGCGUCAUCGUCAAGCAGGGCGGCGGCGUCGUCAUCAGCACGUGGAACCUCAGCGCCGAGACCAACCUCAACGUCUGGGGCGAGCAGAUCUCCUACGAGGUGACGGAGGGCCCCAGCCACGGGCAGCUGGUGGUGGGCCGUGAGGGCGCGGCGUCGCGCUUCUCGCAGCUGGACGUGGAGCGCGGCGCGCUGCUGUACAAGCACGACGCCUCCGACUACUACAGCGACCGCGUCGCCUUCCGCGUCGACGCCGGCGGCCGCGCCUCGGCCGACGGCCAGCUGCUGGUGCGCGUCUUCCCCGCCGCCUACUGGGAGCCGCUCGUCGUCGCCGCCAACCGCACGCUGCUCGUCGAGGAGUCCACCAGCGUCGUCGUCUCGUCAGACGUCCUCAAGGUGAUGCACCCGCAGAUCCCGGCCACGGACAUCGUGUUCACGGUGGUGGAGCCGCCGGCCUACGGCUACCUGGAGCUAGAGCCCCCGUCGCUGUCGGCGCAGCCGAGCUGGAACGCCAGCGAGGAGGCGGGCGCGCUGCCCGGCUCGCUGUCGGAGUUCGACCAGGCGACGGUGGACGAGGGCCGGCUGCUGUACGUGCAGGCGGCGGCCAACCGCAGCCGCGACCACGUCACGCUGGACGUGGGCAACGGCGUGCGCUGGCUGCGCGGGCUGCGCCUGCAGCUGGUGGUGGUGCCGGAGCGCCUCUACCUGGCGCCCGCCGCCGCCGCCCAGGCCGUGCACGUGCGCGAGGGCGGCGCCGCCACGCUGCCCGCCGGCGCGCUCCUGCCCGCCGCCACAGAGUACUACCGCGGCAAGGUCACCGAGUUCCGCGUGGCGCGGCCGCCGCGCGCCGGCAGGCUGCGGCUCGCGCCGGCCUCCCCCAAGGGCGGCCCCACGGCGCCCACGCUGCUGCGCUUCACCACGGCCCAGCUGCAGGCCGGGCUCGUCCAGUACGAGCACGACGGCAGCGAGACGCUGAGCGACGACCUGAUGGUGGUGGGCGUGGCCGGCGAGAAGCGCAGCGAGCCCGCCACGGUGCGCGUCCACGUGGCGCCCGUCAACGACGAGCCGCCCACGCUCGUCAACAACACCGGGCUCGUCGUCUGGGACGGCGCCUCCGCCGUCAUCACGCCCGCUCACCUCGCUGCCACCGACGCGGACACGUCGGCCGCCAACCUCACAUUCAUCGUAUCGUCUCCACGAGCCGGACACGUGGCGCUGUACGCUGCGCCGUCUUUGCACGUCCGCAAGUUCACGCAGGCCCAGCUGGACUCGCACCAGAUCAUCUUUGUGCACAGCGGUGGCAGCGUCCCCGCGGGCUUCGAGGUGUCGGUGAGCGACGGCGCGCGCACGGCGGGCCCCUUCAACGUGACGGCGCGCGUGCGGGCCGUGUCGCUGCGCGUGGCCGCCUCUGGCGCGCUGCACGUGUUCCCGCAGCGGCGCGCCGCGCUCUCGCCGCAGCAGCUGCUGGCCACGGCGUCAGACUGGCAGGCGCCGCGGCCCAGGCACGUCGUGUACGCCGUCUCGCGCCAGCCGCAGCUCGGCCGCCUGCUCUUCGUCAGCGGCGCGCAGGGUGCCCAGAGGCAGCUGCAGCUGGCGGACAACUUCACUCAGCGUGACGUCAACGAGAGCCGCGUCUGGUACGAGAACACGCACAAGUUCUUCGGACUCUCCACCAACGACUCUUUCGCUGUCGACAUACGCGCCGACUUCGCCGAGUCAAUCUUGGGUCAUGUGGUGGACGUGGACAUCUCCGUGUCGUCCGGCGGGCUGGAGCAGUUCCUGCCGCUGCCGACGCUGCAGGUGGAGGAGGGCGGGUCGGCGCAGGUGCGCAUCAACACGAGCGGCGUGGCCGCCUUCCUGGACAGCCGCGCCGAGGUGGAGGUGGCCUGCCUGCUUCUCGACCUGGCGGCGCCGCUGCAUCACGGCCAGCUCAUCAUCAGCGGCAGCGACAACGAGACCAUCUUCACACAGUCCGAGAUGGACGCCGGAGAGGUGGUGUACCAGCACGACGGGUCGGACACGCUGAGCGACGAGGUGCGCUUCUCGCUGCGGCUGGAGCCGGGCAGCGUGCUGCUGCUGAACGCGACGCUGCCGGUGGCUGUCGCGCCCGUCAACGACGAGCCCUUCCGGCUGGUGACGCCGGCGCCGCACGCCACCGUAGUGCAGGGCCAGGCGCGCGCCCUCUCCAGGGAGCUGCUGCUCACCGAGGACGACGACACGCCGCCCGCCCAGCUCGUCUACGAGGUCAUCAGCGGGCCCAGCGCAGGCCGCCUCGUCAACGCCGCCAACGCCUCGCUCGGCGCCGCCAACGAGACGGUGGUGAGAUUCACGCAAGCGGACAUCGACGCUGGGAACUUGAUCUACGAGCAUUCGGGCCCGCUGCAGCCGGCCACGUUCUACUUCCGCGUGUGGGACGGCCGCUUCAACCCCAACUACACGGUGUUCACGUUCCACGUGCUGCCGCUCACGCUCAACGUUUCUCUGGGUCGGCCGGUGGCACUGCAGCAGGGCUCGAGCGUGGCGCUGCUAACGGCCGACCACCUGGUCGUGUCGACCAACGGCCGGCCCGAGGACGUACGCUACAACGUCACGCGGCCACCGCGCCACGGCGCCGUCUACGUCCACGACUCGCCGGCCCGCGAGUUCUCGCAGGCCGACCUGGACGCCAAGCGCGUCAUGUUCAUGCAGUCCGACAUGACGGCCGAGAGCGACGCCUUCCAGCUGCGCGCCUGGCUGCCCGACGGAGCCUCCGGCGCUCCGGCCGUCGUCGUCGACGGAAUCGACGUCGAGGUCAGCGUCGAGCCGCUCGUCAGGAUCGGCAACUUCACUCCGACGGCCGGCGCCAAGAACCGACUGGGACUCCACGCGCUCGACGCUACGCCGCUGGCGAAGCUGACCAACAGCAAUCCGACGUACCUGGUGGAACGCAGGCCCAGACUGGGCCGCAUCAAGAAGAUCAUCCGCAGCUCCGGCGAGAAGAGAAAGGAGCGCGAGCGCGAGGUGAAGCAGUUCUCGCACGAGGAAGUCGAGAGCGGCGUCAUCUUCUACGUGGCGAGGGCGCUGCCGCGGCUGGAGCCCGGAGGGGCAGAGGACGCCUUCCAGUUCGUUCUGAGAGCUUCCAUCUUCCAACCCGCUCGCGGAGAGCUGAGGUUCUUCGUCAGGCCAGAGAUGGCCGCGGGAGUGGUCAGCGACGCGGCGAGCGACGUGGGCGCCGCGGUGCAGUCGACGAGAGGUCCUCCGCAGCCGCUGCCGGGGCCCAAGAGCCCCGUCAGUCGGGAGAGCGAGCAGUCUUCCGGCACUGUCAUGAGCAGUGACUACGUGCUCAUCGUGAGCAUGGUCCUGGGUGUGGUAGUGGUGUCUGUUCUCGUCGCGGUUGUGGUCAAGUGCCGUUCGUCGAGAGCUAGGGCGGCAGCCAGCGGCCGCGCUGUCCAGUCGAAGGUGGACCUGUCUGCGCCGCCUCCACUGCCUCGCCCGCCCCCAGACGACCUCCUGCCUCCGGCCCCCGCCUCCCCCAGCGGCCUCCAACGCGGCGGUAUCAGCGCCAAACGGUUUGCGGCCAACGGCUCCCCAACUCCGCUCGGUUCGGGACUGCCGCCGCCGUCCGUUCUCCAGUGCAAAGUGAUUCCUCUGGAACCCGUCGAGUCCGUGGCGGGUUCUGACGGCGAACUCAAUGCCCGGUACCCCUACGGCGUUGCCGACGAACCGACGGAGGAGUGGAGCAGUUACGAUGCGUCCGAAAUCGCAUAUCCUCCACGGACAAACAACCCCAUGCUGCGACGGAACCAGUACUGGGUAUGAGAGUUCAUGGCAACGUAGCACAUUGAAAUUGCAGUACAAACAGCGCACAUCUCAGGGCCAGGGAAACUGUCGCUUACGGCAGCAUGGACGCUCGUAAGACUUAAAGAAUUUCGCACGGAUUCCCAGAUAUAUGAAACAAGGGAAUUUUGUUGUCGUUAAUCUGCUACAAAAGCGUCAGAAAUUAUUGCGUACACAUAAUCUUGAAUAUAAACUUACAAGUCUGCAACAGUAACUUGUGAGAUACAGAACAACCUGUAAUGAGUUCACACGAAAAUAACUAGCUACUUAUCUACACAUCGUGAGCAAUCCAUGGGAAAGAACCGUGAGCAUUCAGAUUCUCACACACAAGUGAAAUAAACAAAAGAUGGCAAUCAAAGUGAUAGGAGGAAAUCUCGGAUACUACAGGUGACGUUCCCAGAUAAGUUAAUAAAUUUGUUUUUAACAGAAUUGCCCCGGCAUUAUAAACUGUUAAAUGCUGUCCGUUCUAAUGGACACAAUAAACAGGAUUGGGACGUUCUUAAACAAAUAUGCCUAUCUGAGUGAAAUAACAAAAUAAUUUGUGAGAAAUCGAGUGUCAAGGAAAUGGUCAAUUACUGCUCAUUAACACAUAAACUGAUAUCACAGUCCGCAGUUUCAGAAAAUACAGCACACUGGGCGAUAAAAUUGUGUAUUCUGAAGGUGUAUGUGAAGAAGUAACUAACACAUACAUUAGAUAUUAACACAGUUAAUUGGAGAACGUUUAUUCGGGAAGUAUCUAAGAUUUCAAAAAAUAUAUUUCACGUUGAAAGUAACAAGAAUAAACAAAUCACUAUAUGAGCUCUCAAUAAUCAUUCGUACUCUACAAUGGAAAUAAAGCGCAAAAAAAUCUGAAAAAAGUUGCCAAAACACAAAUCGUGAACUGCAGUGUCUCUACAGUUGUUUGGACAAGUGGCUAUUUUGUUGUGUAUCGUAAGAGUAAUUAUUUUUUAGAACUUUGUUAUGCAUAUGCCUGACAUACAGAUAACGCAGUCACUUAAUAUUGUGACCUAUUGAUUACCUACGAUCCUGUUUUCCAGAGACAUUCAGGUCUUUCCUCGACUGCUACAGUGUUUAUAAACUCUUUGUCUUUCUUCAGCAAGUGUGGCACUACAUAAUACAAAAUCUUCCGACUCGUUACAGAAAUACUGCUUUAAAAUAUACUGAAUUUGUUUCUGUGACAACGCAACUGUCAUUCGAUACUGGUUUCACUUACAUGAAACUGUGACUAUCGGCUCAAUUACAAGAUAAUACUGUAAAAAUAUAUGAUUGUAUGUAUGAAAAAUGUGGAAAUGACUUGAUACAGGAAUGUAUUU